AUGGAAUUAUUUGCUUUAACCAACGAUACAAUCACUGCUAUUCAAUGGCAAGCAUAUCCCAUCGGUUUCGUCCUAUUAUUACUAUGUCUAUUCACUGUACUUGGCAAUUUCUUAAUUAUUUAUGCUAUCAUUUGUAAAUCGACAUUGCAUACAUCGACACACUACUAUAUAGGCUCAUUAGCAUUUUCCGAUCUUUUGGUUGGCUUGAUUGUCAUGCCAUUUGCAUUCAUAUUCGAAAUGACACAUGAUGAAUACCGGUUAUUUUCUCGGCAUUUAACAUUUCUAUGUGAUUAUUGGCAUUCGAUGGAUAUAUUCGCCACGACAGCGUCGAUCUUUGGUUUAUGUGCGAUCGGUUUCGAUCGUUAUAUAGCAAUUACAAAACCAAUUGAAUAUCCAAAUUCUUUUUUAUCAAAGAAAUGGUACUACGUCUUACCGAUGAUAUGGUUUUGUUCGGCGAUCGUUUCGUUUCCACCAGGAAUUUAUUUUGGAACAACACAAGCCAUUUCACGACAGUCAACAAUAUCAAAUGAAACGACUCUUGCGCCUCCAUGGUUAUUUAAAGAAUGCGACUUUCCGAAUAACUUAUAUUAUGUUCUAUUUAUAUCGAUUGUGUCGUUCUAUGUUCCGUUAAUUGUUAUGAUUUAUGUGUAUAUUCGUACGUAUAUUGCCGCGCGAGAACAAGUCGUAGCGCUGUCGUCGGGAUAUAAACAUCAUCAUCAGACGGAAAUGAAGUCAGGAAAGUUUUCUUUCAAACAAACCUCAUAUGAAGAAAAUCAUCAAUCAUCAUCGGAAUUAAUAACUAUUCGUAUUCAUCAUGGUAAAUAUCAAAAUCCGCAUAUGGAUUUAAUCUACAAUGAAAAGCAGAAAUCCGUGUAUCGAAUCAAACGGAAUCACUCCGAAGCGAACACAUUCUGGCGGAAAUUUUCUAAGAAUCAAAAGGCAGCGAAGUUCAUCGGUAUUAUUAUAGGCGCGUUUAUCAUCUGUUGGGUACCGUAUUUUGUUUAUUUCACUCUCAAUGGACUAUUUCUGAUUCGUUUGAAAGAUGAUCAACAUCACGAACUUUUAUUUGACAUAUUCUCGUGGUUAGGUUAUACUAAUUCAGCAGCAGAUGUGCUUGUAUUAAGACGUGCGGUGCGUCGAACGAAUCAACAUUUUCUCUCUGAUCGCGAAGUCAUCUCUUUCAAGUCAUAA